CCCAUUCAACCACUCUCCUCUCUGUUCCAGUGUGUUUACUACACUGCCGAGCAUAAGGGAGACACUCGUCUUCACAUGCACUGAACCCACUAAGAAAACCAGUUUUUAGUUGUAUUUGUAAGAAAACCUCCAAGAGAUCAACAUGCCCAAGAGAAAGCAGCAUGGAGGUGAAGGAGGCGAAAAGGAGGAGCCCCAGAGGAGAUCAGCUCGGUUAUCAGCGAAACCGGCCCCACCCAAGCCGGAACCAAAGGUCAAGAAGGCAGCAAAGAAAGAGAAGGCUGUGAACGAUAAGAAGGAGGACAAGAAGACCAAGAAGGCAAAGGAGAACGCCGAGGCAGAGGCCAACGAGGAGAACCACUCUGAGAACGGAGAGGCCAAGACCAACGAGGUGGAGGCGGCUCCCGAGGAGGCCAAGGAGGAGGCCAAGUCCGAGUAGCACCACUGCCCAAGCUUUCUCCUCCUCUACAGUCCCUCCCCCCUUCAAAUCCCCCAGCCAGCCAGCCAGCCCCCCCAAGUCUCUCACAUGGUUUCCCUCCAAGGCGUAUUGUUAACAGAGGAAUAUUUUUAUCAAUGAUUUUAUAAGUAUCCGUACAGAUUUUUAGCACAAAAAGCAAAGCUGAUUAUGGAGCGCCUUGCAGAUUUGCAGUGGUCAUAUCAAGUGUCUGCAAGCAAGAUGAAAACACUAAAAUCUUUUUUAAAUGGCAUUUCAUGAUCGUUGAAGGCUUGUUUGGUGUAGAAAGUGCGUCCCUGCCGGAUUGGCUAUGUUGUGAGUUGUGUAUUCCUGUGUUUUUCUCCCCUCCCCAUCCCCUGAUCUAACCCUCCCCUUCAUCCUCCACAGAUUUAGACCCUCCUCCCCCUACAGUUCAGCCUUUAUCCAUGUUUUAUUAACGGUUCAGCCAUGUUAAUGUGGGUGAUUUCUUCUUUUAGACUCUAAAUGUGCAGUGAGUUCCCUUUGCUUCUGUCAUGUUUUUUUUUUUUUUUUUUUUUUUUUUUUUUUCAUUGAAAUUGUGUUUUAAAAAAUUUAAAAAGCGUGUUGAAGCGUGUUGUCCAUAAGAAAGAGGAAGAUGAACAUGUGAAACAUUCCUGGAACAGCGAUGCCUCCGACCUGUCUCCUAGACGACCCUGCGUGUACAAAACAGCUCCUAUCCAUCCACGCUGUCAUGUCGGCUUUUCUAAACACUAUGGUUUUUUUAAAAUGAUUGAAUUUGGAAACCUCUGACAAAUGCAGGUGUCUGGUCCCUCUCUUAUGUUCUGAAAUUCUCUUAAUAAAAAGAAGUCCUGGGAAUUUUCCUCGAAA